AUGACGCUCGUAUGCCAGCUCCUGGGCCUGACCUCUCUAGCCUUCCUCCUCUUCGCCACCAUUGUAGCAGCCGAGUUCACCAACUCCUUCACGAAUCUCAGCUACGGCUCAACCGUCCGAUUAACCUGGGACGCCACCACCGCCCCCAUACCGCCCGAGUCCUACCCACUGUUCAUCACCGCACAGCUCAUCGACAAAGGCGAGAAUGACGGUGGCGAUGGGAACGGCGGAACUGUGACAGCAUACAGGAUGAAUAUUACGGCGGCAGUCGAUUUCUCCUCAAACAACACAUUCGAAUGGGCUGGGAUCCCAUCACCCCUUCGCUGGUUACGCGAGGGACUUUACCAGGUUGAACUCCACGAGUCUGCGGAUGGGACGCCCUUGGCGAACUCUCCGUUCUUCACAGUUGGUCAACCACCGUAUGCUAGUGGGACGGAGGGGGGCAAGCCUUCGACUUCUUCUGAGGAUGAGGUACGUUUUCUUUUUCUUCGACUAGCGCCAUAUCGAAGAGGGAAUGCAUGCGCCUGGUCGGACUUGAGAUCAGGGCUCAUUGAAACAUACCGUAAAGCUUGUGGUAGUUAA